GGCCCACUCUGAGUGGGCCUCUUACGCUCGCCUCAGUCACGCCGGGCUCAGUGACUUCGCGUCCGCCGGUUCGAUCGGUUCUUCUUCGGAGCCUGCGGAGUAUGCGCUGUGCGCGAAAGGUCUACGCGUUCCCACCUAGCUGAAAUCUCCCAUAGAGACCGGGGUAGUUCCUCCGUCGAAAACGGUCCCCGGCGUGCUCGAUCUCGAUCCAAUCGGUACGCGGAUCGCGUCCUCCUCGCCAUCCUCUAAAAUCGCCUUUCGCUCCGUUCCCGAUCCCAGCGUUCGAAAGACACCCCGAAGUGCUGUUUCUCAUCCCCCGUCGCUGUCUCCCAGCUACCAGGAUGCCGAGGCCUGCUCGUCGAUAGGUCUCGAACGCUCGCUCGCUCGCUUGCGAAGCGAUAAAAGCGAGAUACUCCCCGUGGCCACGUGAGAUGCCGUGCUAAAUCAUAGACGCCACGGGGCUCGAACCGUGGGGAACAUAUAUCGCGGUUUCUGUGAAAGGCCGGCGCGGCGAUUGGCACCGUGAAUCGGCGGCUCUUCCAUGGUUCAUUGACGCCCGCCCGUGGUACUCUGGUCGAUCUGGUUCCGCAGGUCGUUUCGGUUUCCUCGGGAUCCCGGGUGCUUCGACGGGGAAUGACGCAAGGGUCUCUCUUCCGUCCGACGUGGUCGCGCGAGGAGGAGACGAUGCGAGCCGACGAAGGUGGACUGUUCGCGAUCGACACCAUGGCGUUCGAGAAGAGAGCCUCCUCGGUGCCGAGCAGAAGGAUCGGCGAGGAUUAGACGCUGUCGUGCUGUUGCCCGCGGUAACUGGCGGUGUACAAGUGAAUGAAUCCUUGCGGUUUGGGGGGCAGGACCGAUCUACGAAGUCGUUCCCCGCCGGUCGUCGCGAUAUAGUUUGUUGUACUCUGCCGGAGUGGAAAGUGCCGGAGAUCCGAGUGACAUAAUCGAGGAAAGUGCCGGAAUCGGGGAGUCGUCGAUGGGGUUUCUGUGCCGUCGGUGGUAGUCGGCCGUGGUGAAGAGAAGAAAAUGCUGUCGAAAGUAAACGCGGGAUUUACCGUUGCGCGUUCGGGUUCCUGUGUCCUGCCGCUCCGCAGAGUUUCCUAGGAACUUUGGGUCCUGCGACGAUGCAACCGCGUGGCGCAAGCCGCGGCUCGAACAGCGAAUCUUGUUCUCGGUCGGCUCGAUGAACAUGUGACGGGACUUGUGCAGAACAAUGUCGUCAAACGGUGAAUUCUCGACGAUGUCCAGCGAAGAGGUGCCGUCACUGCCGAAGUCCCUGCCGAGCUCCAGGGAGGCCACCGCCGAGGGUAGUUCCGGCUCCAGCGGCGGCUACAUGCCCCUUCGCGAGUUCCUCGACAGAUUCUCCUUGCCGAGGGUCGUUCGGCUCGAGGGCACUGGUGGCAGGCCAGUGUUGCUCUACAAACAGCAGCAAAAAUCACUUCGGGUUACCGCGACCUUAUUGAUACAUCGGUACAGGCACGACGUCAAGGUGGGACCGGAAAUAGUCAUACCAGAAGGUUAUCCCGGGUGGUUUUCUGUGAUAUCUAGUGGCAGCACUACAGGCAGCGCACGAGUCUAUAGAAGAGUAGAUUCUUUAGUACGAGCCGGAGUGCCCGCAUUUCUUUUAGCAGCGCCAUUGAGAGCAUACAUUUUAACGCACUCAAAAAUGGAAAAUGGCAACCUAAGAGCUCAUUAUACGAAAACCACGAUCAGAGCGGGCGAGAUUCUGCGAUUGAUAGCGGUCUUCCAGGACACGAGGAAAUGCAGCACGGUGUCCUUCGGGAUUUCUGGAAGCUCUUCGGAGAAGGAUCAAUACGCCCAGUGUUUAGAUCCACAUGGUCGCGAAGUGUUUGCACCGUUGUCGGCGAGGGGCGAGUUCUACGCCAUUUGCCAGAACGGAAGCAUCGACACCGGAAGCGAUGCUGUACUGUACAAAGUGCAACAUCUUGCGAAAAGACAGCUACCUCUCAGAGUUCGUUUAAUAGCUGGUCCACUUCCGAUUCCCUUGCCAAGAGAAUAUGGCGGUUUGAUGGAACUGGAAAGCUCGACUCGAGGACCAAUCGUUCUAGGAUGUAUCGUGCCGGAAAGACCCGUGCACAACCCCGAAAUGCUCGAACUCGUGGUAACCGGAAGUGGUGCGCCACGGGUAAGGAGGGCGAGAUUAGGCUAUCCAUCGGAAGCUAGGCUGCUGGCUUCGCCCAAAAUGCAACGGUUAUUGUCUGCCUGCAGCCGCGCCGUCGGUGAUCGAGCAACGGAACCGAGAGUGGCACCUCUGAAGCUGCACCCGACCGGCGAGAGCCUGAAGGAAAUGCAUCUGAAGAAGAUCAAGCCGAAGCCUGAAACGGCGAAGCCGAUCCUGCAGAGCUUGAAGGACGGGCUGGAGCAUCUGAAGAAGAGCACCGUCCGCGAGAAGAGUCAGACGAGGCAGAACUGUCGGAACGGAUUCCUGGAGCGGAUCUCGAAGCUGGCGCAAGGUAGCCGCAGCCGGAACCCGGCGAAGAAGUCGGCUUCGUUCACGUUCGCGGUGAAACCGGAAGUCGCGAUCAGGUGCCAGGAACGCUACUCUAGCCUGGAGCCGGAAACUACCUCUAACCAGAGUCACUCGAACUCAUCCAAGCAACCUGUACAAAGGUCCGUCUCGACGAGCAUUCUGGAGAUGCCGACCAGCGUCGAGCUACAGCCGAACUACUCCCGCGUCAGAGACAGCCUGACGCCCGUGCCAUCCUUUCCCAAAUUAACCAGGACCAAAGCUGACGACAUUUACGCGGAGAUCUGCGAGAACGCGGCUGCCCAGGUACAAAAGUGUCCUGGAAGUCACGUGAUGGCCAGGAUCAAGAUCGUGGUGAAAGGACGCGACUCGGCGGCCGUCGAACUGCCGGCCAAGAUCGGCAACGACCGAUACAUGAACUCGAUGGUGACGAACGAGCGGAUCGACUCGAUUAUCAGCACGGAGGACGAAGUUAUUUACAAUACGGUGUUCUGACCGAGAAGAGUUUUAUUAUUAUAAGGAAACCGGCUGUGUUUGAUGAUCGAAAAACCUCGUUGAUCGCUGGGGAUCAACGUCCAAUCGAAUCUGUAUUAUAUUACUAUAAUAAAUCCCACGGAACUAUAUAUGUAAUUUUGUAGGAUCGAUAACGAUUGCAUGACAUACCUCUGCCAUACGUACUAACAAUCGCAGCGAGAUCGGUUUGCCCUUCGAGGGAGGGCUCAACCUCUGGUUGUUUCUAAAAUAAGUAUUUUUCUAUUUUCAUUUUUCAUUGGACACUUUUUUAACUACUGAACAAAUUACUUUUUAAUCAGCUAACUUUUAGGUCGCGUCGACUUUCUUGGUGCUGAACAGCCACACACAGAGUUCUAACUUUCCGAGUAAUUCGAGAAGAAUUUUUUACGUAUAUUUUAUGCGAAAUAUGAAAGUAAACGAUGCUAUACCGAAUCGCUAGCAAAUAAAUUCGUAUAAUUUUUACACGUGAAUGUAGUACAUUCAGGAAAUAAUGAAGGGGGCUGUGAGAAUAAAAACCAAGUGAAAAUUAAUCGUUAAAAUUGUAAUUUAAAUCGCACGCGGCGUUAUGCGUUUCUGGUCAGUAAAUAAAGUCGCUACAAUAUCUGCCUUCGUGACGCGCUCGUUUAUGGAAAAAUUCGAAUUGCUCUAUUAAAAACUCGUUCCAGUUGAUGUGAUACAGAAUAUGAAGAAUUACGUAGGAAACCGAAUGUAAGCAAUAAACUAGGUACAUACAAAUGUACGAAA